GCUUACUUGGUUCCACUCCUUCUGAUGAUCUACUUUUAUUAUGGUAUGUUGAUGAGGCUUCUUAAGCAGAGCCGAAUGGCACGUCGAACACUGCUCGGUUCGAGACGUUGCAAGGCGUCACUGGAUGAUAAAAUUCCAAUUGGCCGAAUAGCAGCAUAUACAUUGGCCAUAUGCUUGUUUCAUUUUGUUUGCUGGACACCAUAUUGGGUUUCGGUGUUGUACUCGCUCUACCUUGAGGUGUUCCAACCACCCGACUUGCAAACGCCUGAUUCUUCAUUUAUAUAUUUUAUGUACGGUGUUCACGCUUUACCAUACAUCAAUUCAGCGUCUAAUUUCAUACUCUACGGACUUUUAAACCGUCAGGUCAGCUCUUCUGAUUGCAUUCAAAUGAAAUCCCCUCUCAGAAUCCCAAUCAUAUUCAUCAUGGAACGACGUCCAGUCUCACCUCGACAAGGUGCUGCUGUACCAUCGAAAUUACGAUCGGCCGAAGGCAGUGAACUGCUCAGUGUCGGUGCUGCACCUUCUGAGGCUUCUUCGGCUCAGCUUCACUUCUCACCUGAGCACCAGCGUACCAUAUUGAGUACCAUUCAAAGUGAAAACAAUUCGGCAGCAUCUCAUCGAAAACGUACGCUUGUUUUCAUUACUUCAAAUGAGAAUUCUUCAUAUUUCCUUAUUUUUCGUCUUCCACAUCUGUCGUUCAGUGACUCGCGCUCUAAUGAGCUUUGCAUUCUAACAUUAAUGGAGGUUGGAUUUACUUGA